AUGACGCAAAACAAUGAAGCUGCUCUAGAAGGACCUCAGCACGGACAGAGGAUGAUUUUUACAGGGUCCAAUGGAAUUGGAGACUACAGGCCCAGAUCCAAUUAUUUCUCCCGGUACAUUGGUGUGGGCGCUGCAUCACCUGAGGCCACGGGUGACCUCGGCUACUUGUGCCGAGCGGCGCCAUGCCCACCACCCAUGCCUAGGCAGGCCUAUGUGGGGGGUGGCUGGGGAUGGCAGUAUAACCAGCUGUUGAACAGUGGGACGCUGCUCAGCAAUAUGCAAAUUAAGAAGACUGAAUUACGGGCAGCGUUGGAGGACAGAAUCACUCAAAGGUUUCAGAAUAAACAAUAA